AUGAUUUUUUUGCCCGCACGAAGGCCCAUCAAGGCCAAAGCAGAGAAGUGGUGGUAUAUACCUCCGGAUUGCAUAGUAACUUUUGAAAUUCGAAUCUAUUGCCUGAUGGCUGGUGAAUUUCAGUAUAUUAUUUUUCCGGCUGAGGCAGAGGCUUUUGUUGAGUUUCUUGCGGACUUGGACUAUGACUGCUAUGGAAAGGAGCAGUGGUACAAACAACAUUCAUAUUUGGAUAAGCUUAAUAUGCAAGUAAAUUUGAGUUCCUUUGCUGUUGCUUCAGCCAGGUCAGGUUCGGACGAAUUUGUGAAAGAGUUCAUCAUCUCGCACCAGAAAGUUGGAUUCCUUAUUCGUGACUUAGUUGCAACCGAAUUAUGGCAUCGAAAAAUUUUCAAACGGCUCAUGAAAUGUCUACCCGAAAAUUUACCCACAUUUCCUUUGUAUGUUACACUCUAUCACGAGCUUGUUCUGGCAAACAUCUUGGAGACUGUCACCUAUCAUACUGACGUAGUCGAUUGCUUAAAUGAUGAUGCUGUGGAUUUGUGUGACUGGUGCCAUCGAGCUCUAUGUCGUCUCGCCAAUGCAGUAUCAAUUAAGGAAAAGAAGGCAAAUAUCCGAAUUCUCAAAGAUCAACCGAAGCCAUCGGAGACGAAUAAGGAGGAGUUGCAGCGACAGACGGAUAUUUUCACCUAUGAAGUGGGUAUGAAGGCGAUCUCAUUGACACGCCACUUGAUCGAGCACUGCUGCGGUGUCUACGCUGAUACCGUGGCCUCAUCCACGACGAUGGCACUGAGCAUGGCGCGGCGGCUGCUACAUACGCACGAUUUUCUCUGUCUUCUCUGCCAUCUCAUCGAGCUUGCACCAUGGAGCUGCGAGGAGGCUACCACUUCAAUGAGACCGCUCCGAUACCAGUGGCACGAGUCGGGCUGCUGGGUUUCCGAGACUGAUGAGAAGAAUUGGACUUCUGUGACCAAAUCUGAGGGGCAAGUGUGGCUGUCGAUCCACCAACUGCUCUUCUCGGGUGUGAUGGGCGUGGUGAGCUAUGAGGUCGUGGGGAGCAGCGUGAGGCGCCAGGCGCUGCUGCGUCUACGGCCUUUCCUCACGGAGGCACUCAUCGACGUGAUCCCGGUGCUGGGGCACCUGCGCCGCUUCCUCGAGGAAUUCGCUGUCUCCGAGGUUGCUGCCGUAGCUCGAUCUGUUUCCGCCGUCUCAUCCGCCGCCGCUGUCGCUCAACUCUGUCACAUCGAAGACGUCCCUCAAAUCCACGACGGCAUUCUGCACAGAUACAAGGGCAGGUGGGAUGAAGAGGUUAGUGAUUUUCUGGAGCGGAUUCAGUUAAAAGAAAAUGCAGAGGCAGCUCAGCGCGCGGCUUCGAGGUGGGCGGAAGCCUUCUCGGAGGAAACAGUAGAUGCCCUCUUCGGAUCCACCGGCAGUGGAAAUGCGAAUGGGCACGGGGAUUCGGAAGCAGUAUUUGAGCAUCCCCUACUCCGCACCCCACGCUGUGUUAUCUGCGGUGAAGUGGCCACAAAGCGCUGCUCUCGAUGUCGUCAGGAAUGGUACUGCCGACGGCAGUGCCAGGUGAAGCAUUGGCCGCGCCAUAAAAGAGCCUGCGACAUGCUCUUUGCUUCCAAUACCGAUUGA